AAAAAGCACACCCAUCGUCAAAAAAUUGACCAUGUAACUCUUUCACUUAUAAUAGAGAGAGAGGUAGGUAGGUUGGUAUGGUACCCGGCUUCAACAUUUCGGUAGUUCGUCAGCUCGUAGAUCGCCAGGGUCGGAGAAAUAACAGGUUAGUUAUAUAUCCGUGUGUAAGAAGAAAAGAAUCGGAUUGCACACCUAUUUUUCAUUCUCACAGCUCUUUGUUUGGUUCCAUGGCGGCAAAGACUCGAAUCCGGCGCAAAACUCGUUAGUUCAACUAAAUAACUUACUUAACUAUUGUGAAAACCAGCAUAUCAACCUUAUUUUUAUAACCUUAAACUAUUUAUCGCAAUCUAUUUCUGAUAUAACUAUCUAUGUAUGUACAUGUACAGCAACCUAUAUGGCUUUACAUACAUGUACACUAUUUGCGUUGCGAUUGUUAUUUUUUUCCGUCAGCGUUAAGGGGGGAAUGCGAUUGCGAUUGCGAGCGUUUAUUCGGAUAUAUAUUUCGAAGCCUCUGCGAGUCCUCAACGUCAUGGACUAUGUAAGAUCUAGGGCUGAGGCCUGUGUGUGUGUGUGUGUGUACCUGAAUGAUUGAGGUACGAUUCUGCGGUAAUGAGAUCAAAUUCAAGGCUCCCCAGGAUGACAACAGUGUCUGUCCCGUCUCUACGCGUGCUGACUGUCUUUGCUCUUUUAUUUUAACUCCUUAUCGUCCAUCGUUUCCAUUAUGUAUCCCUCUCUCUUGAUUGUAUUUCUGCAAUCUAUCCCCCUGCGCGCUCGUUUCAUCUUCUGUUCUUCAGCAGAAUUGCAUGUUCCUACAAGGAUUCCUGGGGAUCUGUUUGCUAAGAAGCUACAAUUGAGCCGGGGGUGGUUGAAUACAUCUAUUUCAGUCGUUCCUUAAUCAGUUUCGAUACCCUGGAUUCUCAUCAAUUGCUUCUUCUAUAGCUUAUCGAGAAUCGAACACAAUGUGGAACCGUAGCUCUUCCUUCGGAGCUAUGAUGGGGGCAUACCUAUGGCUACUAUUGCCGGUACAUAAUAUCUCUGCAAUAUCGAAGCUCUCUGCUAUAGGCUCAAAGUUUUUCAAUGAGGAGGGCCAGCAGUUUUUCGUCAACUAUCUCAUUGAUGAGCUGAUGCUAGCUUUUUGACUGAUAGAAAUUGCGUACCGGCUCACUCUUCACGAUCCCCUUGUGGACCCCGAACAGUGCAAACUGGACUCUUCAUUGAUGAAGGAGCUGGGUGCAAAUGCUAUACGCGUCUAUCAUGUUGACCCUAAUGGAGAUCCCGAUGAGUGCAUGAAAGCGUUGGCGGAUGCAGGGAUAUACUUGUUUGUGGACUUGGAUGACUUUCCAACCCAAAUUGAAGAGCAAUCCCCUAUUUGGAGUCAGAAGCAGGUCGACGCGUUCAAAUUGACCCUUGACGAAUUACAGAAGUACGGAAACACGGCCGGAGUUUUUGUGGGCAGCGAGGUUUUUACCGUAGCGAAUGACUCCGCUGCAAGCCCGUAUUUCCUAGCUGCGGCUCGAGAUAUCGGGGCCUAUCGCGACUCGAAGGAUUACCGGCUGGUUUGCCGGGAAGAUGAAUCUGAAAGAUUAGACUCCUUUGCCUCAACACGUACGAAUGGUGCGGUGAAUCAACAUUUGAAAUCUCCAGCUAUGCCAACCUGCAAAACCAAGCAGCGGGAUACCCGGUUCCGAUUUUCUUUUCAGAAACUGGCUGCAACACGGUCCGACCACGAGAUUUCGACGACCUCAAUACCAUCCUUGGGCCGGAAAUGACAGGCACCUGGUCUGGCGCAUUGGUGUACGAGUGGAUAGAGGAGUUGAAUAACUACGGGCUAAUCACCUAUGGCAAGGUGCCCGAGGGCGAUACAUCUAACCCUUCAGCCCUCGACGGCUUCUCCCGUCGCGGCACCCCCACCCCUGUCAACCCGGACUUCACAAAUUUGAAAUCCCGUUUCGCUACUUUGGAUCCCACCGGCGUUGCGCUGUCUGAUUACUCUGACAGGGCAUCGGAGGUUACAGCGCCGCCCUGCCCCAAUUCCACUCCUAUUUAUUGCCUGGGCCGUUUAUCCUAGCGCUGACCUACCGACCCUUGGACAGUCGGUCGGUGCUGGUCCUACUAAUCUAACUGCGUCCGGAGGAAGAGCGGCCAGUCCUACAUCAUCAAACUCCAGUGCUGGGAAUCGGUAGAUGUCAAUAGGUGGAUAUAGUGUUUGGUGAAUGUAGGGCGAGAGUGACGGACUUAUCAUGAAGUGAUACUUCCGGACGACCUCUCUGAAAGGCGUUUCUUUUGAUUUAGACUUCAAGGGCUAAGAGAGGGGGAUGUUUAAAAUCCAUCGUCGUAUCUAGAGAUCUAUCUACUCUCUGUUAACGGUAUGCCUGCAGUUUUUUAUCUCACCAGGCUUAAGUAGACUAUAAUGUAUCCAUGAUAUUUUGAUAGAACUUUCGGCUGAAAUAUAGUUAACAGAAAUGUUCGCGGGCAACAGUUUACUUAGAAGCACUUUGGCUACGAUGUUUAACCAACUACCCCUGACUACGCAUUGUAAGAGUCUAGAUACACGAGCUGCGUGUUAAGAAGGUCCAUAGU